AUCUGUUAGGUUCUACGUUUUUAUUUCAAAUACUUUAUUAUUUCACAUAAGAUAAUUCCCGUUGUUGGAGUUUGGCAGUCACGGCUACUUGUAGUAAUUGGCGAAUACAAUACGCAUACAAGCGUAGCGGUUGCGAUGGACGUGAUGCUAGCGUGUCGCUGCUGCCUGCUGUGUCCCCCGGACAAAGACCUGACGACGCCGCACACACAUCUCGGCAAAACGGAGAUAUAUGCCGACAUGAUCAAGGAGUGUUUUGAUAUUCAAUUGCAGCUGGCAGUGGGCGGCUCGGGCUCGAGCGGCAUCUGCUGUACGUGCGUGGGCCGCCUGCGAGACGCGAGCGACUUCAAGCUGCAAGUGCAGCGCAGCCAGGCGGAGCUGCAGGCGCGCUCGCAGGGAGCGAGCCUCGUCAUAGAGGAAGAAUCUGCAGUAGAGUAUGAAAAUCCAGAAUUGCAGGACACAGAAGAGACUUGUGGGCCUGAGCCAGAUGAAGAGCUCCCAGUCACGCCGGAGCCGGCGGCCGAAGACGAUGAGAUGUCGCUGUGUUCGGACGGCAGCGCCCGCGCGAGGGAGCAGCUCGCGAUGACUUGUUCCGUGGUGCUCGAGCGCCUCCGCGGCGACGCGACUGCUCACGGCGGGGCCAAACCAUUCGCCUGCGAACACUGUGGCGAACGUUUUAGGAACGAAACUAUCUUAAAUAGACACAUUCAAGACACACACUUGCCGUCAGCGCAAAAACAAUUUUCUUGUGAUUUUUGUAGUUCUACAUUCCAAACUGAAUCACUUAUUUUAGAACAUGAAAGAAUCGAACAUGGUGUCACAAAUUUCAUGUGCGCUCAUUGUGAGUAUUCAACAAUUUCCAAGAGAUGUUUGCGAGCACAUUUAAAAAGUCACCGCGGUUUCGAAAGUCAGAUCAAAAGUGAUUUACACAAACAUCAAGCGAUACUCUCCGUAGACAAGAAGACACACAAAACAUCACACCUAAGAUUAAAUACCAGAGUAGAGCCUUAUAAGUGUAGUUAUUGCGACUACAAGUGCAGUAAACUGUCUAUACUGAGAAUACAUGAAAGGAAACAUACUGGUGAAAAGCCUUACGCAUGCAGUCAGUGUGCGUAUAAAUGCAGAAUUAAAUCAUUCUUAAAAAACCACCAAAGAAUACACACCGGAGAAAAGCCUUACGCAUGUAGUCACUGUGAGUACCGGUGCAGUGAUAGGUCAAGGCUAAGAAAACAUGUACUGGCACAUACGGGCGAGAAGCGUUUUCAGUGUAGCCACUGUGCUUAUAAGUGCAUUGACAAACCACAUUUACAAAGUCACAUGAAAGUACACACCGGAGAAAAGCCAUACUCAUGUAGUCACUGUACUUAUAAAAGCAGUACCAAAGCAAGCUUACAAAGUCACCAGAGAAUACACACUGGAGAUCUUUACGCAUGUAGUCAUUGCGACUACAAAUGCAUUCAGAAAGCACACUUACAACGUCACCAAAGAAUACACACCGGAGAAAAGCCUUACGCAUGUAGUCACUGUGACUACCGGUGCCGUGAUUGGUCAAGCCUAAGAACACAUGUAAUGGGACAUACGGGCGAGAAGCGUUAUCAGUGUAGCCACUGUGCUUAUAAAUUCACACAAAGCUCACACUUACAAAGCCAUAUGAGAAUACACACCGGAGAAAAGCGUUACGCAUGCAGUCUCUGUGCUUAUAAAUGCGAUAGGAAAACACUCUUACAACUUCACGAAAGAAUACAUACCGGGGAAAAGCCUUACGUAUGUGGUCAGUGUGAGUACCGGUGCAGUGAUAGGUCACGCCUAAGCAAACAUGUACUGACACAUACGGGCGAAAAGCCUUAUCAAUGUAGUCACUGUGCUUAUAAAUGCAGUACCAAAUCAAGCUUACAAAUUCAUCAAAGAAUACACACCGGGGAAAAGCCUUACGCAUGUGGUCAGUGUGAGUACCGGUGCAGUAAUAGGUCACACCUAAGCAGACAUAUACUGACACAUACGGGCGAGAAGCCUUAUCAAUGUAGUCAAUGUGCUUAUAAAUGCAGUACCAAAUCAAGCUUACAAAGUCACCAAAGAAUACACACCGGAGAAAAGCCUUACGCAUGUAGCCACUGUGAUUACAAAUGCACUAAAAAAUCUUCUCUGCGACGUCACCAGAAGACUCACAUUGUGAUGAACCCUGACAACGCAGCAAUGACCUAAAUCAGAAACUCAGACCUGACAUUGACAUUUCACGCUCCUUCAAUAAGGAAAGGGCUCCAGUCACGCAGCUCACGCGCGCUCCCGUGUGUUAAUGCUUUUACUUGUACACGAGCCAGUUAUAGUUAGAGCAGUUUAUAGUUAUUUGUGUGACUGGUGCAUAAUGAGAGGCAUUAAAACACGAGUGUAGUUUUAUGAACGAGUUUCAUAAUAAAAUAUCACGAGUCACACGAGUGUUUUAAUGCCUCAUUAUGUACAGUUACAUACAUGUAAAAACACUUUAUACAGGAUUGGGCAGAAUAACUGUCCGAGUUAAAAAGUGGUAUAAAAUUUAAAAAACACGAUAAUGUGAAAAGUAGUGCUAUGAUUUAUAUCCAUAACAUCUUAAGUUUUAAAGUGUUAUGUAAUAUAUUUUAUUUGCUUUUCGUUAACUUGCAUAGUUUUAGGCAUUUUGCUGUAGGAGUUUGACCCGGCACGCACGACCUCAUCUGCUAAGUCAUGCAAUACUUGACUACCCGACCCCAAAAUAAAUGGCACUUUUCCUCAUGAAGAUGUGGUCUGACUGAGUUUCUCUUUUGAAUAAAUUUAUGGCUAAAAUAUCUUCGUUUCUAUCCCUUAAUAUAACACCAUACUCAACAUCAGUCUGACAUUUGUUGAACUCCUGAAAUCGAAAUGCAUUUUCUUUGCAAAAUGGCCAUCGUGCCGCGUAAAUAACAUUUUGUAUCUAGCCCUCACAUUUUUAAAAUAAACAGCGUACAUACAUAAAUUAUCCUUUAUGUUUAGGUCCCUUAGUUUGUGGUUAUUUUGCAGUAUGCAAAAUGUUGUCCCCUCUUCAAUUAUAUUGUUAUUGAAUAUUUUAUAAUUUUAAGCACAAUUUUGUAUGAUUCGCCCAUGGUUAUUUGAAGCUACUUUACUGACACUAACCAUCCAAUUUCUACAAAAUCUUUAGUUGAUUUCAGAAGAAAAAUACUUCUAUAAACGAUUUUUGGUAUGCAAUAUCAAAGCAAUAUUGGAUAUUAACUUUUUCAGUAAGUUGAA